CUUCAUAACAUUUAUACGUUAACAUCUUUUAUUUGUUAAAUUGUUGGUUAGGUAUAUAUAUUCAGACGACCACCGUUUUGAUUAUUUUAGACUAUCUAAAUUCUUUUUUAGUAUUUAUUAUUUUAUUAUUUGUGAAUCGUUUAAAAUUUCAGGAUAGUGUUUUAACAUAGUGGACUAUGUUAUAAUGUGAUAUAAAAAGUAAUAUUAGUUAAAAAUGUGGUGUAUCGUAAUCGUAGGUGUUUUUUCGGUAAUUUCGGUCCCUGUUCAAAAUGAAGACACUUUCCAAGAUCCAAUACGACAACAAAGAUGAAGUAAUAUCACGUCGGAAUGUAAUUUCGAAAAUUAGUUUUUUCGUGACAGUGAGACUUGGGACAUUCUGAUAGUGGAUGUACCAAAUAGUAGCGACUUUGAAACACAGACAUGGUAUUUAUGACGUCAUGAAAACUACGUCGCGUGGGUAUAAACGAUGGACGCGGUCUGCCCUGAUGUUUCUACUCGUAUUUUCAUUCAUAGGUUAUGUAUAUCCUCAAACUCACACUCGACAUCCUCACACUUCGAGUGCUCACAGACGAUCUAUUCGAGCUGACAUUCGAACGAAUCUAAGCCAUGACAUCGAGGAAACGGAAUAUAAGCAAAUCUAUUCGAAACAAGGUGAUCAACUUGUGUUAAAUUGUGCGGUAAAUAUAAAUUUCAGCACAAGUAUUUGGUUGAAAGAUGGACAAAUAGUACAAACGAUACUUAAAGAUAAUACUAACAACAAAAGGGUGAUAGGUCAUAGGUUUUUGGUGGACGUUAACGGGAAUUUGUUAAUAGAUAAUGUGAGGUUAGAAGAUGACGGUAGAUGGCAGUGUGAAGCGGAAGACGCGUUCGGCUUCGUCGUACAAGGGAGACCUAUACAAUUAACUAUCUUAGAUCCUCCUAAGAAAGCUUACUUGAUGAUAGACAACCGUAUCCUCGAUCCGGGAAACCUCUUCAUCUUGGUCAAAGAAAAUUCGGAUCUAACCGUAUCGUGCGUUGUAGACGAAGGUAAUCCAAAACCACAACUUUCUUGGGAACUCACUUUGGGAUCUUCCGCUUUACUCGAAAUACCCGAAGUACCGCUCGAAGUUCUGAAUUUGACUGAAACCGUACGCGAUCAAAAAUUCGGUGCCAGAACUGAUGCUAGACUUGGGAGAGUGUUAAGAGGUCAUCAUAACGCCACGUUGACGUGUUACGUUCGACAUAUCGCCUUGGAUAAACCCCUAAAUGCGUCGGUGCUUCUUGAUGUCGAAUAUACACCAUCGUUCGCAAUAUCCCGAGAACCUGGGUUUGGUUUUCCCAUAAGAGAAGGUAUGCCGGUAUCGUUGAAAUGCGACGUCGACGCCAAUCCCAAAGCUCAACCGAUAUGGCAAAAAGACGAUGUUUUACCACCGGUACAACAGACUCCGGACGGCAUGCUAAAUUUUUCGGAAAUUCGGAGAGAACACAGCGGAUGGUACAAGUGCAUAGCCAAACACCGGUUAGGAAGAUUUUCCAGUAUCGGGUAUUUUUUGAAUGUUCGAUACGACACCGAUGUUACCCAAGAGCCGGACUUUGACAUCGGUGAACUGAGCUCCACCGGGAAGCAAUUAGAAGUUUCUUUAGGAGGGGCGGUCCAGCUAGCGUGUCCUCCAGGAACCACGGGUUGUUGGACGAGAGUUGAACCAGCAACUGGUAUGCUAGAACCAUUGGGGGCGUCGCAAGAAUUAAGACUCGAUAAUGUAAUUUAUCAAGAAGGUGGCGAGUACCGAUGUGUCGGACCUACCAAAGAAGCUACUAAACGAUUAGAUUCAUUGAGAAAUUCGAUGUCGAUUCAAGUAGUUGUUUCCGGUCAACCUACAAUAGCUCCAACGAAUAAAAGUAUUACGGCCUUAUAUGGACAACCCUUAACCAUGACGAUGGAAUUUUGUGCCAAUCCCACGUACACCAAAGCCUUUUGGAUAGCCAAAGACGUUAAAAUCUACAAACCGGGAGAUGGUGAUACUACCACCAUGGCUUAUGGAAUAACGAAUUUAUCACAACCCAACUGCCAUCAGGCGGUACUUUUCCUAACGAAAGUAACAGCUCUAGAUAUUGGAGAAUAUAAUUUCAUAGUAAAAUCACCGAAUGGUAUAGCCGAUGGUAGUUUCCACGUGAAUAUGUCGUACGCCAGCGGUUACAAAAUCGAAUUAGAAGAAAAUGUGAAAAUCGAAAACAAUUAUACCAACAGAAUUUUUACGUCGUUUUAUAUAAAUGUGAUUUGUUUAUUAAUACAUAUAAUUGCUGUUAAUGACUGAAUUUAAUGAUAGGUUGAUUGUAAAAUGAGGUUACAAAGUGAAAAAAAAAUGUUCUUUCAUAAAAUUUCGCAAUAUAAUAAAAUUUAUUACGAAAACUAUUAAAAAUCUAAAAACUAUCAUCAACAUUCCAAUUAACGAUUCAUAGUUUCGUUUUAACAAUGAUUAAAUUGUUAUGGAAUCCGAAAAUAAAAUUACGAGGGGUGAUCGAAUAAAAAGGUUGAAAAAAAUGUUUCACUACUUAAAAAUCACAUUGAUGGAAGCAAAUAUCACCGGAUGUCAUUAUUUAAAGAGAGAUAUGUCUGUAAAAGGGAUGAAAGUGCGUUGUUUUUGCAUCCUUUAACCCCUAAUCGAAAAAAUCAUUUUUUUCUCAACAUUCCUGAUCGUUUGCGUACAAAAUGAUCUGGCAACGUUCCAAGUUUCUUUAUUAUCAACUUUCCCUCGUAUAAAAUUAGCCUACUCUAUUAAUUAAGUUUUUUAGGGGGUGGGAGUGGAUGAACAAAAUGUAGUAUGACUGAAAUUAUAAUCUAAUCAAAUCAAACAAGAUAAAACUACCUGUAGGGUUCAAAUAUAAACGAGACAAACGUAUAGACACAUUUACAGUUUUUCUAGACCAGUAUCGAAGAUUUCCUUGGCAUAUGCCCCACAAACUCCUUUGAAUUUAUUGACCACCAAGUUUUUUUAUAAGUGGUCCAAAUAUGUAGAAGUCGCUGGGUGAUAAGUCCGAAAUAUAGAAGGGAUUGUUUGUCUUUAGACGACAUCUUGCUUUCUGGAGUAUAAUAACUUCCAACAGCGUAAAAUUUUGCUCAAAGUUCAACAAUUUGCAAAGGAUUUUCUUGUUUUUAAUGCCUUCCCACGCCAAAAAACAAAUGAUAAUACGUUGUUAACAGCUAACACGAUAACCGAUCAUUUUCGAACCGCCCUCGUAUAUAUUAUUCCAAUAAUUGAAAUUCACAAUUUUUUUAUUUUGAAUUCAUGAGAAUUGAAGAACAUUUUUACUGUAACCUAACGACGUAAUUUAUUUUUUCUUAUAAUGUGUUUCCGUUGAAAUUUUAUAAUCAAAAUGGUUGUUGUCGAAGCGUCUCAUCAUUCUUAUAGGAAAUUAGAGGGCGAUUUGACGAAAGACAUAAGUCGCAAUUAAACUAUUCCAAAAAAUUAUUUUUUUUUUGGUUUGUCUGAAAUUUAUUUGACGUUUAUAUUUUUUUAAUUUCGGAUCAAAAAUCAAUCGGAGAAAGCCAAAUCAGGUUUUCCAAUUAUCGUGUUUUUCUCUAUCAGUAUUACUACGAGGGUUGUACCAAAAGUUUACUAUUAUUACUAAAUAACCUGCAGCUAAUCCGUUGAGGAAGCUUGACGCGCGGAGAUGAUUAUCGCCGGAGGCAAAGUCCGGGCUAUACGAGGACAAAACAUCUUUUUAGUCGACAUCUUUGUUUGAAUUUCUUCAAAUUAUGAAAAAAUUUGUCUUUCGUUAAAACGCUCUCGUAAGUUUAUACAGCGAGGUCCUUUAUUAACUUUUCGAAUUAUUUUAGGACCUUGUGGUACGUGUACCGUCGCCUGAAUGAUAAAUAUAAGCGGUGUUUCAAUCAAAAAACCUGAAAACCAUUUUAGACAAAGGCUAGUGACUAAACUCUUCUUCAGCAUUAUUGCAAACGAGUCUAUUUGACAUCUUUUGGAUACCUUAACGUCUUCUAACUACUUUUCUACUUCGCGAUUAAUAAUGGGAAACUUAUGGGAAAAAUAAAUCUCGUCAAAAAAAACUUGAUAUAAUUAACGUUCGUAACGUGUAUCACAUUGUAUGAAAAUCGUUAUAUUUUUAAUACAUUAGUCAAAACGGAAUCGUCAUCAUUUUUAUUUAAUUUUGUAAAUAUAACUAACCGCCAGCAUUAUAUUUUAUUGUCUAGUACCGAAUAAUCUUAAUAAGAAUUCAUUUUUUUUCCAUUCCAAUACAAAAAAAUUAAAUCCAGAAGAAUCGAACGAGAAUAUCAUAAACAGUCUUUUUGAGGUUGGGCAACCACUAAACACCUUUUACAUCCACUUUCCUUCAUCUCAAUACCUUUUCGUUUAUUUAUCUUUAUAGAGUUUUAUUCUUAGUUUAACGAUUCUUAUUCAUAAAUCCUUUUUUAGUUCUUCUACUCGAUCUAGAUCUUGUUUUCCUCUGCCUUGUCUUUUAUUUCCCUACCAAAGCCAUUUCCUUCAAUUUGUUUCUCUUAUAUUUAUUGUAGUCACUCUAGAUCUUGAUAUUCUUUGCUUUCUACGUCCUUUUUCUCUUUGAGCCAUUCUAUUGAAUGUCUUCUGUUUAGUGUUUCACUUUUAAUAAUUCUAGAUCUUGAUUUUCUUUGCUUUCCUCUGCCUUAUAUUUUUUCCCUACUUAAGCCAUUUCCUUCAAUUUUUUCCUCUUAUAUUUAUUGUAGUCACUCUAGAUCUUGAUAUUCUUUCCUUCAAUUCCUCGUGCUUUCUUCUUUCAUUUUCUCCAUGAAUCAAUUCAUUAAAUCUCUUUUCUUCUCUUUAAUGUUUCAUCUUCUGUCAUUCUAAUUCUCGAUAUACCUUGCUUUCCACUGCCCUGUCUUUUCUUUUCCUACCUAAGCCAUUCUGUCCAAACCCUUUUCUUUUGUGUAUCACUUUUAAUCAUUCUAGAUCUUGAUCUUGUAUUGUUUCAUUCUAGUCCUUGCUUCACCCUGAGUAAAUUCAAUCAAUUUCUUCUCUUUUCUUUAUAUAUCUUAUUAUCUCUCGCUUUCUCCUACAUUUUUCUCCUUUAUUGCAUCUCUAUUCGUCUCUUUAGUGUUUCAUAUUUACUACUUUCGCUAUAUUUAUUUUCAUUUGCACUAGAUUUAGUUUUCAUUAUUUUUCGUGUUAUUAUUGUUAAUCUUUUCUUGUUUUUUGAUUUCAAUAGUUUCUCAUUGGCACAUUGCUCUAUCUUUAUCAUUCUAUUUUUAUACUGUUCUUCGCAUCUCAUAUUUUUGCUUUUUAGUGCAUUAUCAAUCUACUAUUUGAGUACACUACUUAUUAGAAUCGAUAUUGGUUGGUAUCAAAGAAAAAAAAGAAAACUUUUUGGAAUAUUUUGAAACGAAAAACGAAAAAAAAAAUCAAACUAUGUCAAUAUUUACUUUAUCUUUUGAAUAUUUUUGUAGGUAAUUCUUCAAGAAGAAAAAAUUUUUGUGGAAAAGAUUUACCAAAGAUGAAACAUCUGAACAAUUCAAGCGAAAUUUCCCAGAAAAUUUUCCUGAAAAAUCGAAAUAUUCCUCAUUCACAUUUUUAUCACAAUUAACGCGAGGUUCUAUAUUUUUUGAAAAACUCGUUUCACGGUCAAGUGGCUUACAAAAUCGCCUGAUUUAUCAUCCAUUCAUUUUUUCCUUUGGUGGUACAAAUUUGAAACGAGACGGUUUCGAAUGAAAUAAACAGCAGUCCAAUCAUAAUGCACGAUGUUAAUUAUGAAUCAUUUGUUGAAAUUUCCUCUUCUUUUUAAAAAAUAAAGUCGAUCAAGCAAUUAUAAUAAAUGAUACGAUCUUUUCGUGUUUUUUUGCGCGAGCAAUUUAAUUUUUUUGGAAAUAAUAAACUAAGAACAAUUAGAAAACUACAGGAUUAGAAAUUUCAACAUUUCAAAAAUAAUCGAAAAUAUGGACCACAAUUUGGAGUUUAAAUGAAUUAAAGGGAAAAAAAUAAUCAAACUUGGAUUUGGAAAUUGUUUAAGUGGAAGAGAUUCAUUUUUUAGGCUUUUUUUUGAAAAUAACUCUCGUUAUUAAGGGAAAAAGGAAAAAAAAAGGAAAUAUUUUCAAUUCGAGAAAUUUCGUUUGAAAAUAAGUAGGAUACUUAAAAAUGUAUGUAGUGAACAUCGAUUUUUAUAAACCCAAAAACCUUAAUAUAAAAAUAUACUUUCGAAUAUUUUGAAAAACUUUUGAUACUAGAUAAUGUAAAAUAUAUAUUUUUCUCAAUACUUUUCGUAACAUUUUUUGGCUACAUAGGGAGUAUAAUUUUCAUUUAUCUAUGGUCUAAAUAUAGAGUAUGUAUUGAACAUCAUAUAACAGCUGAAAUAUUAUUUUUUCAUUCAGUAUAUACUAUAUCUUUCAAAUGUAUAGUUUUUCAUAAUUUUUUUGCAAAAAAAAUGUAUAAAAUUUGUUGAUAGACGGCGCUUAAAUGUAAAAAAAAUAAAAGAUAAUGUAAGGAAUUAUGAAGACAAAUAUACGUCCAAAUGUUUA